AUGGUAAAAAGCAAGCUCAAGUCGGCACUAGACAAUCACAAAGGCCGAAAUAUUAAGCUUGAGAAACAGCGCAAACAUGAAAAGGAAGUAAGGAAACUGAAGGAGAAGAAGAACAAGGCAAGCAGCUUAGACGUGGAUGGCGCAAAGAAUAAGGGUGAUGGAGCCCCACCUGUGCCACUCGACGAGGUCGAGGUCAAGGUCCAUGGCAAAUCAAAGAAAUCAAAGAAGAGCGAUGUUGAGCCCACCCCCACCGAGGAACCAGAGUGGGAGACAGAUGGCAGCGAUAGCGAUGGCGAUGAUGAUGACGACAUGCCUGAGCGAGCUGUGCUGAACCUUGCGCAUCUCGAAGACAGCGAGAGUGAUGUUAGUUCUGACGAGGAAGAAAUACAAGCUGGAGAAGAUGAGGAAGAUGACAAGGAUGAGGAUGAGGAAGCAGAGGAUGAUGAUGAGGAAGAAGAUGACAUUCCGCUUUCAGACCUCGAGUCUGUCGCUUCAGAGGACAAGGGCGACAUCAUACCACAUCAGCGCUUGACUAUCAAUAACACGACCGCCUUGACCGCCGCCCUCCACCGCAUACAGCUCCCCUACAACAAGCUCGCCUUCUCAGAAUACCAAGCCGUCGUCACCGAUGAGCCGGUCGAGAUCGAAGACGUCGAAGACGAUCUCAGCCGUGAGCUUGCGUUCUAUAAGCAGUGUCUGUCAUCUGUAAAGGAUGCGCGAAAGAGGCUGAAGAAAGAAGGCGUCCCCUUCUCGCGACCAGCAGAUUAUUUCGCCGAGAUGGUCAAAAGCGAUGAGCACAUGGGCAAGAUCAAGCAAAAGCUGAUCGAUGCGGCAGCAGGCAAGAAGGCCGCAGCUGAGGCACGCAAGCAGAGGGAUCUGAAGAAGUUCGGAAAGCAAGUUCAGGUCGCUAAGCUACAGGAGCGCGCUAAGGAAAAGCGUGAGACUAUUGAAAAGAUCCAAACGCUCAAGAGAAAGCGUCAAGGUGCAGAUAUCACAGCCACCCAUGAAGAGGACCUUUUCGACGUUGCCGUCAAGAACGACGACUCCAAGCCCGGAAAACGCGAACGCAGCGACGGUGGCGGCAAAAUCUUCAACAACAAGCGUCAGAAGAAGGAUCAGAAAUAUGGGUUUGGUGGCAAGAAGAGACAUGCGAAGAGCAAUGAUGCGCAGUCUAGUGCAGAUGGAAGGGACUUCUCCGUCAAGAAGAUGAAGGGUAAAACUGGAGGUGCGAGUAAACGGCCUGCCGCUCGAAUUUUCCUUUCUCAAUGGUCUCUACAAUAUAACGACAAGGCAGACGUCUGCCUAUUUCAGGAGCGUCACGAUCUCCUCCUCCAGUACCUCGACUCCCCUACAGCUUCUACAAUGGCAGAAGAAGUCUUCUUCGAAGAGUCGAUGAAAACAUUAAGCCCCCCCACCAUAUCACCACCCACCUACCAAAAGCCCGACGACAGCCUCUAUCCGCCCGCUCCAGCCCCCCAUACCACAUUCUACCUCUCCAUCAUCCGCCCUCACACCGACACCGACACCAUCACCGGACCCGUCCGCUCCUUUGCCCACCUCCUUCCCUCCAUCUCAAGUAUCAUCUCCAACUCCCCCGCCGCAAUCGACAAGCUAGAUAAUCUGCGCGAAACCAAAGACGCAUGGGGCGACACAUACGAGGUCAACGACGCUUUUGACAUCAACGGCUUCACCACGUUUGUAGUAGACAGUCAGCGCGGUAUCUACACAGUCCUACAGAUCCACCGCCGUGUCGAUGAGGCAGUCUUCGAACAUCUCCCCGCCCCGGUUUACACCGUUAUCGCGUCCGGUCCGCUCGUCCACUCCGCUAUGGCCGUCUCACUCGCCGCUGAUCGCAGGAGCGCAGGACGCUCUGGCAUGACGAAGCCGCGGGGCUAUGCCGCGACUUCCCGACUUAUUGGCAGUUAUGUGGAGAGGGGCGAGGCGAAGCGCAUGGCGCAGGGUGUAAUGCGGGAUCUUAUGAAAGGCAUGAACAAUGUUAGGGUUACGGAGAGCUGGGAUCAGGGGGGUAGGGGAACGGGGAUGUUGAUGGCGAUGGGGACAAGGGGGGAGAUGUGGGAGGUUAGGAUCAUGUAUGAGGAUCAGCCGUUGAGGAGGGCGCGGGAGGGUAUGGAUAAUGAGGGUUUGAAGGCUGGGUGGAGGUUUUGA